GCAAGCCAGUUGCGAGCGACAGUCGAUCCUGCGAUCCGACAGGCACGCUCGUGUCGACCUGUCUUUUAUAUUUUUAUUUUACAAAAUUACAACAAUCGCAUAAUACAACAAAGUUUACAUUUUAUAUCAUUGUAGAAUCAGUGAUUUAGUGACUUUUAUCUGUGCUAUCGCGCGCGUGCACGUAACUAUUUGAAAAUCGAACAAAUCGAAAACUAUUCAGCCGUCGAACUUCGGUGUGGAUUUUUUGGGUUUGAACAAUCGUGAUAUGAGUUUGCUGCAGAUUUUCACAUAGAUCGGAAACGGCUUACGUAGACGAGUAGCGGUAAAACGCCGCCCGCGCCGCACGCAAGUUCUUGUUUUACAUUGAGUAACCGUCAGGUUUCUAAAAAGUGCUUUCGACGCGUUCCGACUCAAACUUGAAUGUGAAUUUUGGACAUUACCGAACGUCGUGAGGCCCUAUAGUGCGGCGCGAACCUGUCGCUAGUCGAUACGCCGUUAUUGCAAUUAGUAUGCAAGUGUGAACUGUAGCUGAGAUAUAGUGACUGUUAGGCGAAGUGGACUGUUGUGUGACGGUGGAAGCAUUGCAUGGCGCGAUGAUCAACGGGGGCUGGGUGUGCGCACUGCAUGUGCGCACUGCGGGACUCGGGGGCGCCGCACUCGGUUCCGACGAGGAAGAGAUCGUGUACCUGGCGUACAUCGUCAUUGACGUGCAAACCAAUCAGAUAAUAGGAGAAAGAGAAUAUGCCGUCAGACCGACGAGACGGACGUCUGAAGAGCUGCAGACGGGACAACCAUUAGAAAUUAUUAUACAACAGUUUGACGACUUCAUCCGGUCGCUACAAGUGGACCCCCACUCCCCCCUAUUUAGGCUAGUCACAGAUGGACAACCACCUCUAAGACAAUGCCUGCACCCAGAAGCCUGCAGCAAGGACCUAUCCCUACCCACAUACUACGCGCGUUUCCACGACCUACGCAAGGAGUACGUUCGAGCGUAUACACUGAGGGCUGUCACUCCAAGGGCUCAACCACCCCCACCGCCCCCGGACCACCCGGGUUCAAUGUUGGAUAUGCUGAAUUAUUUAGGUAUAACUCCGUAUACAGGAGAAAAUUUCUACGCCGGGGAAGUGAAAGAUAUGGCCAGCAUUAUUCAAAGGAUAAUCACAGAUGGCUUCCGGUUAGAGUUACCAGAGACGAUCGACUUAGUUUUAGAAACCGGAAUUUGCUCAAAAGACGAUGAGAUAGACGGAAAUUGUAUAGUAAGAGCACGCGGCUUGCCCUGGCAGUCUUCUGACCAAGAUAUCGCCAAAUUCUUCCGAGGACUCAAUGUUGCCAAGGGUGGAGUAGCACUCUGCCUCUCACCACAAGGCCGACGCAACGGCGAGGCUCUGGUUCGCUUCGUGUCUCAGGAACACCGCGACAUGGCGCUCAAAAGACAUAAGCACCAUAUUGGGCCGCGGUAUAUUGAGGUAUAUCGUGCUAGCGGGGACGAUUUCCUCUCAGUCGCUGGCGGGGCGACGUGUGAAGCGGCCGCGUUUCUGUCCCGCGGAGCACAUGUCAUUGUGCGCAUGCGUGGACUGCCCUAUGACGCUACACCGCAACAAGUGUUGGAAUUCUUCUCAACGGGCGAUGACCCAGUACAAGUACUAGAUGGUGAAGAUGGAGUACUAUUCGUUCGACGCGCGGACAGACGAGCUACAGGCGAUGCGUUUGUACUUUUUGCUAAAGAAGAAGAUGCCCCAAAAGCACUAUCUAGACAUAGAAAACUUAUUGGAGCUAGAUAUAUUGAAUUAUUCCGGUCUACAACGGCUGAGGUGCAACAGGUACUAAACCGCUCGCUAGAAACUCGUACAAGCCAGUCGAGUACACCCUCUACCGCGACACAGCCUACUGAAGGGUUACUACCAGUGGCUUUAGUACCACAACAUGUGAUCACGUCCGGCACUGCUAAGGACUGCGUGAGAUUGAGAGGAUUGCCGUAUGAAGCUCAGGUGGAACAUAUCCUAAGCUUCUUAGAUGAAUUUGCCAAAAAUAUUGUAGUACAAGGUGUACAUAUGGUGUACAAUGCACAGGGCCACCCUAGCGGCGAGGCUUUCAUACAAAUGGACAGCGAAACAAGCGCAUACUUGUGCGCGCAACAGAAACACCAUCGUUACAUGACCUAUGGGAAGAAACAGCGGUAUAUCGAGGUGUUCCAGUGCUCCGGCGACGACAUGAACCUAGUGCUGACGGGCGGCGUCACCCCCUCCACCUCCCCCAAGGUGCUCUCCCCCGGUACGUUCCAGCCGCGUUUGCUCGCCCACCACAUCGCGCACCAGAGCCUUAUCGCGAGACAACAGGAGAACUUACUCCUCGCCUCCCUCCGACCUCCCCUCUACCUCCCGUACCGCUCCCCCACUCCUCAGUACUCCCUACCAAUCCUUCCCGCUAAACGAACUUAUGACCGCGCGUUUACGCCUACAGAACCGCCCGCGAAACGACAAUACGUACCACAACAGAUACCUAUGUCGUUACCAAUGCUAUCGUACGCAACAACUAAUCCAAUUUUUUCGUACGCGAAUACUUCUCCAAUGUUAUCUACGUAUAAUGUACCAACUAUGCCCACAGCCUUACCAGCAGGGUACGGUACAACACUAUCCCCGGGUAUACCCGGGUCAUUGACCAAUCAGAUUCAAUUCCCGGCUGGUUUAUCUAUGUUCCCGACGUAUCCGUACUAUCCGGGUGUUUAAAUGUAUAUAUAACAAUGCAAUUUACACUUUGAUAACUGAAGGUUUUGUUAAAAGACGCAGCUUUACUUUUCCGUCAUAUCCGUAUUAUCCGGUGUAUCAAAUAGUACGAUUUACUUGUUUAUACAUUUUUAGUUAAAUAACAUUCGCAAUGAAUUCUCGGCAGCUUUAUCUUUCCGUCAUAUCCGGGUUAUAAAUCUUUUUAUAUACUAGUUUGUAUGUUUGUUAGUUAUAUUUACGGUUCUCGCCGUUAACAGGGUAAGAAUAUGACAAGCUCAGCGCAGGCGAAGUGCCUUCGUUAAAAAUGAAUUUACUUACGCUAAUAGCUUUUGCAGCUCUAGAAUUAGUUUUUGAAAUCAGUUUUUGUUGAAUUUUACUGACUUUAAUUAUUGUUGAAUUCUUGAAGUUUAUUUUAAGGAAAUCGGAGGUUGUUAAUCAUUGACAAUUAAGUAGAUUUAUUAUUGUGUUCUGUUUUUUUUUUUACUUUUUUUCGCGUGAUCGUUUAACGUUGUGAUUUAUAUUUAGACAUUCCAUUUUGAAAUAUGAACAUUGCCGAUGUUUAAGGCUGAUACUAAGUCUGAGAUAGGUACUUAUAAAAUAUAUAUUUAGGUACUUAAUAUACACGUAGUUUUCAGUACAAUGCACUUUUUGUGAUUAGUUUACACUUUUUAUAUUUUAUUGUGAACGUUUAUGGCAACUUUGUUGAUGCACUUUAGAGGUAAUGAUUUUUCGAUUAUUUUUAGGUUAUUUUUUAUUGAUAAUGAAUUAAAUUUUUAAGGCGUGUUUUAGUAUCGUGAAACGGUACUAUUUUUAAUCCUGUCCUGAUCCUUCCUAAUCUCAAAACUCAUACAACCUUCACCCUUAACAAUUGAAGGUCAUAAAGAAUACUAAAUUGGUUAUCUAUGGACACUAUAAAGCUCUAUAUUAUCUAUAUUAGUUAACGUCAUCGUGUCUGGUGUUACAUUGUCUUAAAUUCACAUAGGUAUGGGGGCUUAAGUCACAUAUACAUGGUGUUAUGGCUAAUCUAUGUUCUGUCAUCUCUAAUUAUAAUAAAAUAUUGCAACUUUACCAAUAUAUUCAUUAAAACACAAUAAACAAAUAAAUGACAAUGAUAUUACAUAUAAGUAAAAAGGUGUAGGUCAUUUGACUCCGGGAAGUGGCACGUUGAAAAGUGGGUAAUUACCACAAUUUUUAGCUGUCCCUUUUUGGCUCACGAUAGUUGAAUCAUACUAUCUCACUUUGACAUCUAAUCGUGUGCCGUUUUUGAAGAUCGAAUAUUGCAUUGAUAAUCUAUUUUCAUCUUUUUACUUAUAAUAAGAUGAACAUUAAAUUGGAUAGUAAUUGUUAAAGUUGCAAUAUUUUAAAAGUAUCUAGAAUAAUUCAGAAUAUGUGUUUAUUAAUCGGUACAAACUUUGUAUUUGUAUCCGAGCGGGUUGUGUGAUGGAAAAUGAGCAUGUAUGGUUAAGAUUCCGUUAAGUUUUUGGUCAAUUCGUUAUAUUUCAUUUGUCGGUUAAAUUGCUAACUUUAAAACGUCAUAACCCAAAUAAUCUACCGAAUUCAUGAAUUUUAUUUCUCUUUUAUCUUAUUUGUUAGAAAAAUUCAAUUCAAAUUUCAAAUUAUUAUUGACAAGUAUAAUAUUGUCUUUUAUUACUUAAAAAAAUCCAACUUUCUAUUGAAGAUGAUUGAGUUGCCAACUUUCACUCCAGGACUUCGUAAGAACUAGAAUUAUUGUUAAUUAAAUUAAAUAAUCGAAAUGGGCAAAUUUUUGAAUCCAUAUCUACUAUAUACCAAGUCUUUAUUUUUUAAUAAGAACACUAUAUUACAAAAUGUACGGCUCAAAGUACUUACUUAAAAAUAAAAAUAAACUUACCUUUACAAUUAAACAACUACGAUAAACAUUCCUAUUAUAUUUAUAAUAAUCAUCUACCCUUUAUAUAAGUGUCAAAGGUACUUAAAGGUAAGUUGGUAAGACAAUCACUAACUACUAGAUAUACUAUAAACCUGAUUUUUCUAUCCUUGGUUAAAAGUUAUUCUUCGAACAUUACACAGCCAUUUCAAAAUUGACAUUUUUAUAUUAUUGUGUAUGGACAAGUUUUAACCAAGGAUUGAAUUUAUUAUAUAUGUAAUUAACUGGUUUAUUGGGUUGUGACGUCAUCGUAGUUUGACUGACAAGGGCAGCAUGAUUCGCUUCAGGACUCUUUCAGAUUGUGCAUGGCUCAAAGAAUAAAUUACCGUUUUCCCGAGCACAUCGCGGUCGGAUACACGAUUACGUAUCUGUAUUUUAUGUUUAAUACGAAAUGUACACGGAAUUAGCUUAUUGGCAUUAUGGUAUUUAAGGUUGGGACUUCCGCCGUUAUCAUUAUAUAUAACUAUUUUAGAGACGUGAAAAAAGACGUUUUUAGAUAUCUUGACAAUGUCAGCUUACUCCCGCUUAAUAAGAAGUGUAAGCCAACGUAAGCUUUAGAUGUAUUUACCCGCUUAGUGGAGGUUCAAGUACUCUAUAGCUGAGAACUACUAAAAUUUUGUAGAUGGUUUUCUGGCAACAUUCAUGUUUUGUAAGGUUGCUUCCCCAAUAUAAACGCAUAUGUGGUCUGAGGCAUCCUUGAACCCUUAUAGAUGGACGAAAUCGGCUUGACAUUGACUCUAUGGUUUUUCUGUCAAGUCGAUUUUAUCUAUGGACGUUCGGAAACAAAGCUAGUAUACUAGACAGUUAUAAUUAAUACUUUUUCCUUACAUUACUAUGACAUACAUAUAUCUAGUAUAAUAGGUUGUUUUUCGAAACCUUCAAAUUGCGGUAACUUAUGGGUCUCUCCAGUCAUUGUCACAUAAGUCAGUGUUAAUCGUAUACCUAUGUAUACAAUAAAGGCCUGUGUUCAUGGAGCAAUGGAGAUCACUGGACUAGAUCUUAUACUGCCUCUGGCUUUCCUUCUCUUAUAUUUACUGUCUUUCCUUGCUUUAUUCAAACUGUCUCUGGGCCUUGGAAAGAUUGUCUUUCAUACAUGUGCAGUGACUGGAGAUCACUAAGCCACUGUCUAUUCAAUAAUUCUUUGAUCACUUAUACAAUUAACUGGCUUCACUUCAUGUUACAUGUAAGCAACUGAAUUUCUAAUAGCAUAAGGAAUCGUAAGUUUAUUCUAAUACUGUUAGAGCCCUAUCAUAAUUAUAUUAGUUGGUUAAUUUUAGUUUAUUUUAUACUUAAUAAAUCGAUUUUCGUUAGAUCGUGA